GAAACAGUGUUUAGGUCUUUGUGGUUCUCAGUAGCUCGGAGCUGCGGCAUCGAUCUGCGAUUUCCAGGGUCUAGGGAAAAGCGAGGGGAAUGGCGACUUUCGGAGACGCCCCGGCUGGGAACCCGAAGAACGGCGAGAAGAUCUUCAAGAUGAAGUGCGCGCAGUGCCAUGUCGUGGAGGAGGGAGCUGGGCACAGGCAAGGCCCCAAUCUCCAUGGUUUGAUUGGGAGAACUUCUGGGACUUGCCCCGGGUUUAGCUUCUCGGCGGCCAACAAGAACAAGGCUGUGGAGUGGAGCGAGGAGACGCUCUACGAGUACCUCUUGAAUCCCAAGAAGUACAUUCCAGGAACCAAGAUGAUCUUCCCGGGAUUGAAGAAGCCGCAGGAACGAGCGGAUCUAAUCGCCUUUCUCAAGCAGAACUCCUGACAUGCUUUUUCACCGCGCGGCUGGGAUUAAUGGGUGGGGAAUAAAGAGGAUUUCCGAGAGCGUGAAUUUUCGAGAUCCUUUGAGAGAACUUUGAUAAGAACUGCGUCUUUUUGUUCUUUUUAAUUCAAUUCAUUCGUUCGUUGACGGUA